AGGAAGGAAAAGGUCAGCAAGGUGGCAUUUCCUCUUAGGGGUUGCUGGUUUACUUUCCCCACACUCCUCAUCACCAAUCUUCCUUAACCUUUAGGCACCUAAUUUAAUGGCCCCAGAGGUUCCGGUUAACGGCUUCUCCGGCAAGGGGAAGGUUUCUGCACCGAAUACUGGAUACUCCAAGAGGGCAUACGUGACAUUCUUAGCUGGAAACGGUGAUUAUGUUAUGGGGGUGGUGGGAUUGGCCAAGGGAUUGCGCAAGGUCAACAGCGCCUACCGUCUUGUGGUGGCGGUCUUGCCGGACGUGCCUGAGGACCACCGUAAGAUUUUGAGGUCACAGGGCUGUAUCAUCCGUGAGAUUGAGCCUAUUUACCCGCCGGAGCACCAGACUCAGUUCGCCAUGGCCUACUAUGUCAUCAACUACUCCAAGCUUCGUAUGUGGAACUUUGAGGAGUUUAGCAAGAUGUUGUAUUUGGAUGCCGAUAUUCAAGUGUAUGACAACAUAGAUCAUCUCUUUGACACACCCGAUGGGUACUUCUACGCCGUGAUGGACUGUUUCUGCGAGAAGACAUGGAGCCACUCACUGCAGUAUUCCAUCGGCUACUGCCAGCAGUGCCCUGAGAAAGUAACUUGGCCGGCCAAGAUGGGAUCUCCUCCUCCUCUAUAUUUCAACGCCGGUAUGUAUGUGUUCGAACCCAGCCGCUUGACUUUCGAGAACCUUCUCGAAACUCUGCAAAUCACCCAGCCAACACUAUUCGCAGAGCAAGACUUCUUGAACAUGUAUUUCCAAAAAGUGUACAAACCUAUCCCUCUCGUAUACAAUCUGGUUAUGGCUAUGUUAUGGCGCCACCCAGAAAAUGUGGAGCUUGAUAAAGUUAAGGUGGUCCACUAUUGUGCGGCUGGAUCAAAACCAUGGAGGUACACAGGAAAGGAGGAAAACAUGGACAGGGAAGACGUCAAGAUGCUAGUGGCAAAAUGGUGGGAUAUAUACAACGAUGAAUCCCUUGAUUUGAAGGCAGAAGAAAAUACCCUUCCUGAGGGAGACUCGUUUUCAAGGUCAUCAAUCAUGGCUGCCAUGCCUGAACCUGCCAUCUACAUUCCUGCUCCCUCUGCUGCUUGAAGGUCUUAAAAGGGGGUGUUUAAAAAUGGACCUAAUCUUAAUCCUUUCUUUUUUUCUAUGUUUCUGAGUAUAUAUACCUUUUGUGAGACAGUGACGGUUGAAAAAAUUACUUAUAUAAUGCUAAUGUAUUUUGGUUUUGCUUAUAUAUAAAGAUCUAUUGGCAAA